GUUAUGUGUUGCAGAUGCAAGUAAGGACGGUGUACGACAGAGAUUAUCGAGUUCCAAUAUCCAGGACGAGGAUCUGGAUGCUAUCUUGAAGUACAAUCGUAAUAUCCAGGAGAAGAUCGCCGAGAAUAUGCUCUCCAUGACCAGCACUAUGAAGGAGCACGCAUUAGCGGCAAGCGCUAUCAUAAGAAAAGAUAUCGGCAUGCUGGAAACGUCCGACAAAUUGACCGAUGUAAAUGCUGUUAAAUUAAAGAAGGAAUCCCUGAAGCUGGAAGAACACACUAACUCAAAAUGGAGGUGCUGGGUAUGGCUUAUGAUAGCCUUUGUCCUGGUUGUAUUUUUCAAUAUGGUGUUAUUUAUGAAGGUGGCAAGAAAGAAGAUUUAGAUAAUUUCUAUAUUGGAACGUAUCGAUAAUUUCUGUAUCAACCGCGAUUGGAAUGUGUAGCUGCGCGUUACUGUGCGUACCGUGUGAGUCACUGGGUUGAUAUGAUGAUAGAAUUGCACAGCCAUGAGUGUGCUUGUAAAAACACCUGUGCCACCUAAAACCACUUGGAAACCUGGUAAAUAUACCACAAAAUAGCGAUAUAA